CUUAUACAUCAUUUUUCAAGAUCGGCUACUGAAUUUGAUUGACAUUGCUAUUGGAUUCCGUCAUGAGAAUUCCAAGCUUGAAAUUAUCAAUUGUCCGUAGUAUUCAUGAAGCUACAGCCUUAUAUGCCCAUCUUUAAACUAGUUUUACCGUUCUGCGGAGAAAAAACUGUUAGAGAGAUUGACUCUCAUUGGAUUCGUCACUUUCGUUGUCGAAUUUGAUGCCAAAACAAUAACGGGGUUACGUACUGUUCACCUGUCUGAGAGAACCCGCUGCUGUUCUUGACUCGCCAUAGUCUGUGAUCUUCUCUGCAACAAACAAUGGAUCUCUAAAUUUCUCCCUCUAGUUCUCUUUUAAGAUCUAUACCAAACAAUAAUGGGUUACAUACUCAUCACCACAGUCUGUGAAGAACCCGCUGCUGUGCUUGACGCGCCGACAGCUAGCUCUCCUUUAAGAUCUCUCUGUAAUAGUGUGAAGAUUGGUGACAUAGAAUCAGUGGGUGACAAUCAAGAUGGUGAAUGGAGCAUUGGAGAUCACCAGUAUGUAAAAUGCGGAUUUGCUGGGGAAAACUUUCCAACAUCUGUAUUUCCUUGCGUGGUGGGGAGGCCUAUGCUGCGUUAUGAAGAAUCACUCAUGGAACAAGAGUUGAAGGACAUUGUGGUUGGAGAUGGUUGUGCAGAGCUGCGGCAUCAACUCGAUAUAUCUUAUCCUGUACACAAUGGCAUUGUGCAGAAUUGGGAUGAUAUGGGCCAUGUUUGGGAUCAUGCAUUUUUCAAUGAACUAAAGAUAGACCCAACAGAAUGUAAGAUCUUACUCACAGACCCACCUCUUAAUCCUUCAAAAAACCGUGAAAAAAUGGUAGAGACCAUGUUUGAAAAGUACAACUUCUCAGGUGUCUUCAUUCAAAUCCAAGCUGUUUUGACAUUGUAUGCUCAAGGCCUGCUGACUGGUCUUGUAAUCGACUCUGGUGAUGGUGUCACUCACGUGGUUCCAGUUGUUGAUGGCUACUCAUUCCCUCAUCUUACAAAGCGAAUGAACGUGGCUGGGAGGCAUAUAACAUCUUAUCUUGUUGAUUUGCUCCUCAGAAGAGGGUACGCAAUGAAUAGAAAUGCAGACUUUGAAACUGUUAGGGAAAUAAAGGAGAAGCUCUGUUACAUCAGUUAUGAUUACAAACGGGAAUACCAGUUGGGACUGGAAACCACAAUCCUUGUCAAGAAUUAUACGCUGCCAGAUGGAAGGGUUAUUAAAGUUGGCACUGAACGGUUCCAAGCUCCUGAAGCUCUUUUUACUCCUGAACUAAUAGAUGUAGAAGGGGAUGGAAUGGCUGACAUGGUAUUUCGCUGCAUUCAGGAAAUGGAUAUUGACAACCGUAUGAUGCUUUACCAGCAUAUAGUUCUAAGUGGAGGCAGUACCAUGUACCCUGGACUGCCUAGUCGUUUGGAGAAAGAAAUUCUAGACCGUUAUCUUGAAGUUGUCUUGAAGGGGAAUAAAGAUGGGUUAAAGAAAUUACGGCUACGGAUAGAAGAUCCACCACGAAGAAAGCAUAUGGUAUACCUUGGAGGAGCAGUCCUAGCAGGAAUUAUGAAGGAUGCACCAGAAUUCUGGAUUAGCAGACAAGACUAUUUGGAGGAAGGAGUUGCUUGUUUAAGGAAGUGCGGUCAGGCUUGAGAAUUGCAUCAUCUGCUCCUUUUCUGUUCAGUAACCCACAAUACAUGUUUUAAAGGCAAAUUCAAGUGGGUCUCAAAACCUCUACAUCAAGGUGCUUGAGUUCAUGCAAAGGAAUCGAGAAUUGACCCAUGACCGCGUGAGUGUUCCCUUCUAGAUAUCAUCCAUUGUGAAGGGAAGGCCAAUUUGAAAGAUGACAUACCUGUUCAAUGUAAUUAUUAAGUUGCGUAAUUGUCUACAUCCCCCUUUCUAAUGAAGGUAUGGACGAAUUUUGAACAGAAAAGGGAAAUGGGGAAGUGCAGAUUACCAAACUCCGGCAAUCAUCCCCUGGAUCAUCUAUUUUCAGUUUCCAUCUCUAUUGUUGUUGUCAUGAUAUUAUUUUGGGUGCCUCUACCCUUCAAAUGUACCUGUAUGAUAAUACAAUUCGCAAUAUUUAGUGUUA